UCCUUCCUGGGCGCUAUGAGCUCUUUCCAGGGACAGAUGGCGGAGUAUCCAACCAUCUCUAUUGACCGUUUUGACAGAGAGAACCUGAAAGCCCGGGCCUACUUCCUUUCACACUGCCACAAGGAUCACAUGAAUGGAUUAAGGGCUCCUUCCUUGAAAAGAAGACUGGAAUGCAGCUUGAAGGUUUUCCUGUACUGUUCUCCAGUUACCAAGGAGCUGUUGUUAACUAGCCCGAAAUACAGAUUUUGGGAAAAACGAGUUAUAGCAAUUGAAAUUGAAACUCCUACCCAGAUAGCUUUAGUGGAUGAGGCAUCCGGUGAGAAGGAAGAGGUUAUUGUGACUCUCUUACCAGCUGGCCACUGCCCAGGAUCAGUUAUGUUUUUAUUUGAGGGCAGUAAUGGAACCGUCUUAUACACAGGAGACUUCAGACUGGCAAAAGGAGAGGCUUCGCGAAUGGAGCUCCUGCACUCUGGGGGCAGAGUAAAAGACAUCCAAAGUGUAUAUUUAGACACCACAUUCUGUGAUCCAAGGUUUUAUCAAAUUCCAAGUCGUGAGGAGUGCUUGAAGGGGAUUUUGGAGCUGGUUCGGAGCUGGAUCACUAGGAGUCCACACCACGUUGUAUGGCUGAAUUGUAAAGCAGCUUAUGGCUAUGAGUAUUUGUUCACCAACCUGAGUGAGGAGCUGGGAGUCCAGGUUCAUGUGGACAAGAUGGAUAUGUUUAGAAACAUGCCUGAUAUCCUCCACCAUCUCACCACAGACCGAGACACCCAGAUCCAUGCCUGCCGCCAUCCAAAGGCAGAAGAGUAUUUUCAAUGGAAUAAAUUACCCUGUGGGAUUACUUCCAAAAGUAAAACCAUGCUCCACACAAUCAGCAUCAAGCCGUCCACCAUGUGGUUUGGAGAGAGGACCAGAAAAACAAACGUGAUAGUGAGGACGGGAGAGAGUUCAUACCGAGCUUGUUUUUCUUUUCACUCCUCCUACAGUGAGAUAAAAGAUUUUUUGAGCUACAUCUGUCCGGUGAAUGCAUAUCCAAAUGUCAUUCCAAUAGGCCUCACCGUGGACAAGGUCAUGGACGUUUUAAAGCCUCUAUGCCGAUCUUCCCAAAGUACUGAACCAAGGUACAAGCCGCUUGGAAAACUGAAGAGAACUAGAACAAUUCAUCUAGACUCAGAGGAGGACGAUGACCUCUUUGAUGACCCUCUACCAAUACCUUUAAGGCACAAAGUUCCGUACCAGCUAACUCUUCACCCUGAGGUAUUUUCAAUGAAGGCACUGCCACAAGACCAGCCUGAACUGAGACAAAGCCCAGGAUGCGGCAAAGCAGAUGGUAUGCGGAAUGUUUCUUUGGCCAACUUUAUAGACUGUGAAGAAUCCAACAGUGACAGUGAAGAAGAGCUGGAAACCCCGCCUUCAGCACAGCGGGGUCUGGGCCCUGUGACACUCCCCCAGCAAAAUGCUGCUGCAGACAUGCCACAGUGGGAAGUAUUCUUCACAAGAAAAGAGGACUUCACAGAAGAAUGUUUGGAAAACUUACCUUCCUCCAUAGAGACAGGGGGAUCUCAGUCACCAAAGCCUGUCAGUGACUCUGAUGGGGAAUCCACUCACAUCUCUUCCCAGAAUUCAUCUCAGUCAACACACAUAACAGAUCAAGGAAGUCAAGGCUGGGACAGCCAGUGUGAUACUGUUUUGUUAUCUUCCCAAGAGAAAAGUGGUGGGGAUAGUACAUCUUUGGACAAGGAUGCCUAUAGGCCAAAGAACAAAGAGGAUAUUUCUGCUUCUCAAAUGGAACAGAAUGAAUUUUAUCCACAAGAGACUUACUGUGACUUGAAAAGCAGAGAUGAAGAAGUAAAUGGAGCUCCUCAUACUGGAGAACCAGACACUGUGAGUGACAGGAAAUCCCCACCUGAGGAGGAAACAUUACCAACUAGCAUACAUGCAGAUUCACAGAGCUCCUCCGAUUUUGAAAUCCCCUCAACUCCGGAGGCUGAGCUUCCUAAACCAGAGCGUUUACAGUACUUAUAUGGAAAACUGGCAACAGGUGAUUAUGGGAAAUAUGAUCCAGGAACAACAUGAAUUACAGGAAAAGUCAAUCUGACAUGAAACAUUUGCUCUGGAAAUCCACAUGGAAAUAAAUAAUCAAGAGUUGGAUGCAGGAUGAUAGAAACACCCUAAAUAUUCUAACG